AUGUACACUUUAAAGGGUUCCUGUGAGAGGUACACUUUAAAGGGGUGGGUGUACACAUUCAAGGGUUCCGGUGAGAGCCCUACUCGGAGACGAGGCCGUGCACCAUCGUUCGUGAUCGCAGUCGCCCAUCAAUCAACUGUUUGUUCCGCUGAAGAAGACAUUCAGCUAGUGAAUUUCGUUACUUGGUCUGUACCAAGGGUUAGAAGUUCUUUGAGAUCUCAUCAGGCGACAGGAUUUUUCUGUUUGCAAGCGGGAGGCACUCCAUUUGUUCAUCUGUCAGCCGCAUCAUCUGGUGGAGAUGUAAGCUGCUUGACACCAAACAGCUUAUCUCCAAAACCAAAAGGAAAAGGAAAACGCUAUUCCAGCAUAUCUCCAAAAGCAUCAAAGGACACGACACCGCUGAGCUACAAAUUCCCCCCAAUGGAAAAAAAACCAAAAUGGUACUGGAGAUCCUUAGCAUGCCUGCCUUACCUAAUGCCACUUCACGAAACAUGGAUGUACGCAGAAACCGCGUAUCACCUUCACCCUUUCCUGGAAGAUUUCGAGUUCCUGACUUACCCUUUUCUGAGCGCCCUCGGGGGUCUACCGAGCUGGUUCUUGAUCGCGUAUUUCAUAAUCGCGUAUCUGGCAAUUGUUAGAAGAAAAGAGUGGCCCCACUUUAUCCGGUUUCAUGUGGUGUCGGGGAUGCUGUUGGAGAUUGCCCUUCAGGUCACUGGAACCAUAUGGCGCUGGUUGCCUACCGCCUGGUAUUGGGGUAAGAUCGGGAUGCAUUUUUGGACCGCAUUCGCGUUUGCUUUCCUGUUUACGGUUUUGGAGUGCGUUCGCUGUGCUCUUGCUGGAAUGUAUGCUGAUGUCCCCUUUGUGUCUGAUGCCGCUUAUAUCCAAAUCCCUUAUGAAUAAUAACCUAAUCUGCAUGUUGUUCAUUAUUAUUAUUAUUCUCCUUCCCUCUCUCUUUUUUUGGUCUUUUUAGGACGUUAAGCUCGCAGAUUGUGCUAUGUUACAUUACAUCCAUCCAUCCUUGUAUCUCCUCGUUUAUGUAAUCCUUUUUUUUUCAUUUACGUGUCUUUUCUCUUUUGGAUAAAUGAUGUUCAACAGAUAUUUGACAAAAUGGAAGGAAAAAGUAAGGUGGAAAGCGUCUUUUUCCUAUUAAGUUGCCA